CAGAUGUCUGAGAAACAAAAGCCCCAAAAUGACGCAAAAUGUCCGAAAUGACCGAAUCAAAUGUACUCACGUUUGGUAGUAUGAAAGCUGAAAGAAGACCUGUCUUCCUGCCAUCCAGUGUCCAAUGCAGAGGCCAAGCCAGAAGAUGAUGUCCAUGAUUUGAAUAAUCAUAGCACUGGUUUUUGAUCCUUUGCUUUGGCUGCCCCAAGCGAAAAACCAUCAUUGAAGUUGUUAUCACACAGAUACUUCAAAGAACAGCUUGUUGCUAUGACUUCAAUCAGACCCGUCAUUUUCUCAAAAUGGAGCAUAGCAGAAACGUGCCAGUUCAAUUGUCUGACUCUCCUUGUUGUAACCCUAAAAAGCACUCAUGAUGUAAAUAGUAUCCCAAGGAUGAGCUGAACAGCUCAGGACAUUUGCGGUGUCUGCCAAAGACACCAUGUCUUCACCUUCAGAUCGAACUGUUGUGGAAAGGUCGCCGUCUGCGAGAUUAUCAGACCGUGGAAGCCCGCUUUCUGAAAGCCAUGACAGCCCUCUGAGUGAACGCUUGGAUACAUUGUCUGGUGAGCGCAGAAGUUUAGUCAGGACUGAAAAACGUGUCAAGGGGCAACAUUCUGCAUCAGUGGUCGUUGGAAGCGUCAGAAUCAAGGCAGAAUUUGACGAUUUCAGUUACGGUGACACUUGCUCUGUUAGUCCUAAAGUGCUUGCUGAGAGGAAGAAAUAUCGCAACGAUGGUACCCCUGAUUCUUUAGCACCUCGUGUGAAAGAAGAGCCUGCGGAAACUGGUGCAUUAUUUGGUGAUGUUGAGCAAAAUGAGGCUGAUCUGCUUUCCCCUAAUACCAGCAGCGCCUAUCACCUUGCACAGCUUGCUGGACAAGAAAGCGUGGGUAACUUUGGUAUGUGGUCGCAUAAAAAGUUUGGCAUUGGUGGUUUUGUGCAGUAUGGGUCUGGUGGCACUCGCAGUAGUUCUCAAAGUGGUUCCCCUGGAUUGCCGAAAUCCUACCACCCAAGAGACCCAUCGGGUUCAGGCAGGAGUGGAGCAAGCAUUGAUGGGUCUCCUGACUCCGGGAAUAGCACAGAAAGUCGAAAAUCUUUCCCAUACAGUUCUCCAAAAUUGGUUGUGAAAUCGGAAAAAUCUCCAUCGCCGAAAUCUGAUCCAGUUACUACCAAGUUGACUCCUGUCCACUCGCCAUUGAGUCCAGAACAGUUGAUGUCGCAUUCCUGGAUCUACAUGAAUCGUUCAAAAUCAUGUAGUCCUGAGGAUCACAGUCCAGCUGAGGUACUGCCACAAAGUUACAGUAGUAAAGGGGAGAGUAGCCUUGGCUUGAGUUCUAAGCAUAGCCAAGAUUUUGAGCUGACCAGUGUCUACCCAUGUAAAUUUUGCCAUGAAGCGUUUUCAUUGUACACUGCUUUGCAAGAGCAUAUAAGAUUAGAACAUUGUGAUGACCCGGUCGUUACAUCCAAGUCUAUGGACUAUGGGAAGAUUCACCACAAAGCAGUACAACAUCACGACACUCGGUCAAGUAGCUCUUAUUCUGAGGGAUCUGACGGGAAGUACACCUGUAAGUUCUGUUCACUUGGGUUUGAGUUUUACACCGUUCUGCAGGAACAUAUUCGAAUUUGCCAUGACGGGGGCCGACGAAGUUCUGUGAACUCAAAUGCAUCGGCAAAAGUACCCAGUAGCACAAGUCCAGUUGUUGUGGAUGGUCCAUCGAAGUAUCCCUGCAAGCAUUGCGACGAAUCCUUCCCGUUGUAUACCGCUUUACAGGAGCACAUCCGGAUCGAGCACGGUGAAAACGCCUAUUGGGGGCGGGCCGCGUACAUGUCAAUGAUGAUCGACGGUCGUGAGGAGUUUCUGGAAGAAAUCAUGAAUUGCUGCGAUUGUCAAUUCUGUCCAGAGAAAUUCACAUCGCCGCUCCUACUUCAGGAGCAUGUAAGAGUUGAACAUGUGCCAAAGUGGGCAGCGCAAAAGAAAGCGAUGUCACAAACUUUGCCCCCAGUCAGUACGAAUAACGAUACAGCACCGGCAUUACCAGUACAUAAUUCACCACCUGUGGAACCACUAAAUCAGGAGGUUGUCAAGAAUUUGUUGAAAAAAUAUGUAUGCGCUGUCUGUGGGAAGGAAUAUUCUAAUAAGAUACGUUACCAGGUUCAUGUAAAAAGCCAUAAGGCACGUGCGGAGGAAAAGGUUGUACCAAAGGUAGAGCCAGUAUCAAAACCUGCAGAGCUCCAAGUUCCCUCACCCCAGUUUCAAACCAAUGCAGGUACGAAGUCGGUCAGUGUUGAAGAUUUGAGAUAUGUGUGCGAGGUGUGCAACGCGAGAUUUCCAUUAUACGUCGUCAUGCAAGAGCACAUUCGAACAGCCCAUGGAGAUAAACCUUUCAAGUGCGAUCUUUGUGAGAAAGAAUUCAUCAAGCGCAAUUAUCUAAUGAAGCAUAUGAAAGCGCACGCCGAGGCCAAAGCGCAGGUUCUCAAGUGCCAUAAGUGCGAUCGUUGCUUCAUGGAUCAGGCACGGUUGCAGGAGCACUCGAAGGAACACACAAACGAGGGCCGCUAUAAAUGUCACGUGUGCGGUUCGUGUUUCACGCACAAGAUGCAUCACGAUCAGCACGUGCGCACUCACAGCGGUGAACGGCCUUACAAAUGUGGCGAGUGUAAUAAAUCAUUCUCGCAGCCUGGGCCGUUUCAUAACCAUCUUCGCUCCCAUGCGCGCUGUGCAUAUUGCAAUCGGACAUUCCUAGAAAAGGCAGCUCUGCUAUUACACCUGAAAACUGAGCACGGUCAGAAAGUCGCUGAGGAUACUGCUCCAAAUUGUACCAGUCCGGUGUCUACUGGAUCAGUUGUUGGAAAUCCUGCACCAAGUUCUUUAUUACCUGUUUCCAUGCGGCUUCCCGAGACUGACUAUGCUGUGCCAUCGCCAAACGAACCUCUCAAUCUUUCAAAGAAUUCUAAAGAGAGCCCCUCGCGGGUCACACCUGUAACUAUACCAACCGGGACCCAUAUGUUGUCUCCUGUUAUGUUCCCCAGCAUGGAACUUUAUGCUGACUUGAUGUCAAGUUUAAGUGCCAAUGCUGCUCUGAGUGUGGCUUCAUCAAACAGUAAUAACAGUGUGAAUGACUCAAGUCGGCCAAACUCGGCAAAGUCUGAUACGGUGUCGGAAAUUCGUUUAAAAUCAGAAGUGCGAGACCACGGACGAAGUCCUUCGCUUGGGACUGAACGCGAGGUUGCGAAAUUAAUAAAAGAUAAUUCAAAAAUGCCGAGUCAUGUUCUAGAGCGGACUUUAGAUGGCGUUAGAGACCGCAGUGACUUGAAUGGUUCUGAUCGGAUCCACCAUGGUCCUCUAUCCGUUGACUUCCUCAGCACCUCUUCCGGAUUUUCUUCCCCGAAUUCGAAAUCGUCUGAAACUAAACUUUCUAAGUCUUCUCUUCUUGCUACUUCUAGUCUUAAAUGCGACUUGUUUGAGGCUCACGGUGCAAAAGCUCGCGAGUCAAUGGACAAACAUUGGUGUAGAUCACCGCAAUUUGAAAAUAUGUUUGCAAAAACGUUGCAGCCAGAACAUGUCAUGUACAGUGCAAUGAUGCACCCGGAGUUGUUUCGAAGUUCAUCGAGUCCGUUAACAGAUCCCCUCGGUCAUUGGCCGCCUUCAGCUGGUGUCAAACGGAGGUACUCGAAAGAGAAAGCAGAUGAGAUGUCCCGGUCACCGCCAUCUUCUAAACUAAUGAAGUUUGAAACUCAGCAUGACCUCGAUAUCGGUGUUGAUUCAGAUAGUGAGGAGAAUCGGGAUAUCGCAACCAAUGGGAAUGAGAAUGGUGGCAGUAGGGACAAGGUUGAGAAAAAUGACGGUGUUGUGAAAAAUGAUUCAGUGAAUGUCGUUGAAAAUUCAAAGGACGACUCUGAUUUGGUCGACUGUCUAUCUUACGUCUGUUGCGUUUGUACUGAAGUUUUUCUGACAGAGUCGAUGCUGGACAUGCAUGAUUGUCGAGGCAAUUGCCUUGCAAACAAUGCACAGGAAGUAUGCGGUAAGAAUGACACUGGGCAUCAAUCCGACUAUUACGAUGAUGAAAUAUCGGAAACCAGUCAAGAAACGCUUUCAACAAAGACACCGACAUACCGCUGUAGUUCUUGUUCAAAAAUAUUUUGGGAGAGGUCUUUUUUGCUGGAGCAUUUGGAAAUUCAUGAGAAACUCGCAAAGUCGAGUGACAUCAAUAUCAAAAGAGGGCAGCAUUUCAGUUGUGAAUUAUGCGAAAAUUCGUUUGCGUCCUCGCGUCAGUUGUUUCACCAUUUACGCCAUCACAACGGUUUACACCAACACGUCUGCCCCAUUUGUGGCCGCAUGUUUCUCAUACAGCGCCACCUAACCGUGCAUAUUUCAACACAUGGUGAAUAUACGCAUUCAGGUCGAGAAUCUGGGGGUGGUAUUUGUCAUCGGACGUCACUUUUGCAGCGGGUGAACCGCCAUAGCGAUAACCCUCACGCUUGUACCUAUAUGUCAUGUGGCCUUUCUUUCGCAACAAUUGAACAGUUGCAGCACCAUGUGAAAAAUCAUGAAACCAAGGGCAAAAAGACGGACGAACUGUUUCGACUAAAUCAUCAUGUGUUGUACCAGAAUCCGGCCAAAACCCGGACUGAGAGACCAUUUCAAUGUGCCAAGUGUCAUGAACGGUUCAUCGUUGUCGCAACGCUUGUCGAUCAUGUCGAGAACAAUUUGUGCAAGGCGUCAUCUUGUGCCGUUUGCCAGAAAGCUUUUCCGAAGAAAAGCCAGUUAAAGUGCCAUUUAAAGACUCAUCAGAGAUUGGGUGAGAGCGGGAAAGAUAUUGCAGGACUAUCGGAGGGUGGGAGUGGGAAAGAAAUUAAGGACCUGAGACAUUUCUCUGCAAACGACAGUUCUGAAAAUAUGAGCUUCACAGAUAGCUGUGAUACAUCCGACACUCGUGAGCUGACGCCAGAGAAUGUAACUUCCAUGACAAUGAAGAGAUGUGCUGUGUCCCUGAAAGGGGGAGCUGCUGUGGCAGCCGCUGAAGGCCGGUUCCAAGCCAAGAGAGAGCAGGUGGCAUCUGAGUAAUGGAAAUUGAUUAGAACCAUGUUUGGGUACAUCUUCAUCAAAGAAAUGGCCUCUGUCGGCCUUCACCAAUUUUCCACCUCAAACGCUGUACCCAAUCGAAUGACCCAAUGGGUCUAGAAUGGGGAGAGAUUUCUGGUAACAGUAGAUCUGCCUGGUCAUUUGCGACUGGUGACAUUGAGGGAAAUAGUGUUAGGGAACAUUCGGCAAAGGUUGAAAAAAUCAGUAAAAUAUUGUUGGCUAGUUUUCUGAAACCAGUUGGCCCAGUUCUUGUCCGUUACAAUAUCCAAUCAAUUUCCAAUCAGGAGAGUGAAAUGAUUGCCAGUAAUAUUAAUCAUUGAUAAUAAUCAUUAAUCAGCGUCAAUUAAGCUUUUUAAAGCUAUGAUAUAAAUUCAGUGUUGUGUUUGCGAUUGUUGAGAUUUUCGAUGAAUCUUUUGAUGAUUAGGUUGUCCAUUUUGCAUUUAUAACCCAGAGUAUCGUAUUCCUCAUACAUAUUUAUCAGUGCGGAGGACGGGGCCAUUUUCAAGGGAAGCGUCUGCUCUGAGUUUCUGCCUUCCAACUUUUCAAAAACACACUUGCAAAUCCACUUUUAACAAAGUUUUUGGGUAGCACAGGCUUUAAUACUGGUUGGGUACAACUGCAGAUGUAUUUCAAGACAAAUGUUGGUCGCACCUAAAACCAAGCCGACAUUGUUUGGUGUGAGAUUGAGUCCAACCUUUUUCAACUGAACUGUUAUAAAAAUUGACUCGGUUGUUGCUGCUCCAGUUAAAAUGGCCCUCGGCUCCCCUGGCACUGGCUGCUUAAAGAAGAGACAAUCACCGUUGAUGUUUGUUAGGUUAUAAUGUACUUGUACAGUUGUGAUCAUUGUCGUGAGAUUCUCGCCUUGGGUUGUACGGUUUUAUGGUGGUACUGUCAAUGUAACUCAGGACAGUGGGAGGGAAAGAGAUUGAUAGAACAGCAUGACUGUAGUGUUCUUGUGCAUGGAAUGCAUACAGGAUGCUGUUGAAUGUAAUGAAGGCAGCCCCUCCAAAUCUUGCUUAACUUCAAAUUCACAAAAAACGGCUUUCUCUUGUUUGAAAAUAAAAUUGCUCAAAUUGUUCGUUUGACAUUUGCGGC